CUGCCUUCCGGUCGAGCGUCACCGCCAACCAGAGGUCGGUCCAUCGUCAGUCUGUCCAUUGAACCUCUGCAUCUCUACGCGCCUUGUUAUCUGCGCCUUCAAUUAUCGGCUCUGGUCCGCAGAGAGUCUGCCUUGAGGUGUUGGUCCGCACCGCCCUUUCCCCAACUUGUUUUUUUAUUAUAUCGAGAAGGCUACCGCCCUGAACGAUGGAUGCGCGAACCCGCUUGCCUCGACGACCCUUCCUCGCCUGAGCGACGCAUCACCAGCACCGGUCCGCGCCGCGAUAUCCUCGAAUUCGCCGGCACCCCCCGGGCUCCGUGCUUCAAAUUUCUGGAAUUAUCCAACUUUUUCUCCAUUUGGCCGUCGGUAACCGCCCGCGCGCGCCCAGCUCCCGAUGUGAAGCCUUGCCGAACCGCCCCCCACUCAUAUCCACCUCCAACCCACAAGAUGCAUCAACAGUCGCGUCACCCGCCGCGGAUGUAUUCCCCGGCUUCCUCCCCACAGACAAACCCAGCACGGACAAACAACCCGAGGGAACGAGCAAGCUCCGCCGGACCUGAUGCGCCCCCCGUUCACGAAAAGGUUGCAGAGAGCCCCGGGGCUGUGGGCCCUGGGCCGAGCAAGGAGUCUGUCAAGAAGCUCGACCAGAUUGUUCAGAACUUUUUUGCCAAAGCAGCCGUGCUGAUCCUCCAGUCCCGGCUGAACACAACCCCCGUUGGCUGGAAGAGAGAGGACGGGAGGAAACCAAACCAAUGGUUCUCGAUCGAAACGGAUGAGAUAGAAGACUUCCGGGACGAGCUUCGGGUGUACAGGCUGUCAGGCAGCCUCACGAACCGGCCUCCACCGAUGAUUAUCGAGACGUACAUCGACGCCUCCAGGUUAUCUAGCAGCCAGAGUCUGGUAGUUGUUGAUGGCAAUGGCAAGAGAUGGGAUGUGUUGGAGGCUCUGAAUUUGUCCGAGUCAUCAGGCGACAGCCCGCGAAAAGCACAUGCGCAGAAACGCAACACCGAGGUCAUUCUAGAGCGAUGGAGGUUCGAGCUAAAGUGUCCGUCAGAUGACACCGCCGACCGUGUUGAUUUCGGUCCCGUCCUACCGACCGUCUAUAAGCGGGCCAUCGUCUUUUUCAGGUCGCUCUUUGUCACCACUCGGAUCAUGCCGUGCUGGAAGUAUUCGCAGCAGGCUCUGGCAAAGGGCAUCCAUCCCGCCCUCGAGGUCAAGUGCCGAGUCCUGACCGCCGAGCCCGAAUACACCGGGUACGAUCCAUUGCGGCAACCACUGCACGACAGCAGAGACCCCGUCACCGAAUACGUCUUCUCCGAUCUAGAGGUGCCCGUGGGAUGCUUCUACUCCUCAGUGACGUACCGGAAUGACUGUAGCUUUCGAGUCGAUGACGCGGAGUCCCUGCUGAGCUCCCGAUUUAUGGGGAUCGAUGAGAAUUAUUUCAAGCCGUCGAUGCCCCCAAGACGAGAGCUUGGCAGAUCCGACUCGCAUGCGGAACCGGGCUCUCUGCCCUCUCAGCGCCACGGCCGCGGGUCGCAGGAGCCGCAGCAGACCUACGGCAGUCUGUCGACGUUCCACGGUGAAGGAGCGCUAGGGACCAGCCCAAUAACCGCUCUUCGCUCAGUGCGUCCAAUCGGCUCUGAUAGCAGCUCCCCUUCGGCUUCUCCGUCGGCGAGCAUAGAACAGCCCGAUCCGCCUCAUUCAUUACCGAUCCGUGGCGCCGCAGCCCGGCCCACCGUCAGGACAUUGGAUGUGGCCGGCAGGCGCCCGUCGCUUUCGUUCCAGCCUUUCAAGGCCGGUUCGCUUUCCGGGUCUCCCAAAGUGCCGGAAACGGAGGCGCCGUCGUCUCCUCAGUCGCUCACGCGACCCGGUCUGGCUGGACCCUCAAGGGCGGGGAACCGUUCCUCGCUCAUCAUAGGCAUGGCGGCUUCCUUGCGUGGCCCAUCCGCGCCGCAAGAGAUCCCCUCCGUCACGGGCUCGCCCAGGCCGACCAGCCGCUACAGCAGCAGCUUUUCGCAUCGCCGGGGCCGGCCGUCGUUCGGCGGCCAGAGCAAAGCCGACGAUGACCAAGCAAGCAGCGGGAAGCAGAGUCUCUCCUCCUCGGCCCAGCCGGGCUCAGGAUUGCUGACCGAGGCUGGCGGCGUCGCCAGCUCGGGCUCGUUUGCCACCGACGACGACAACAUCUCGGAGUUCUUGAAGGCGCUGGAGAGCCGCAAGACGCUCAAGAGCUUCGAGCCGAACACAAAAGGAGAGUCUCUCGCCUCCAAGCGGACAGCCGCCCAGCUCUCCAAAUUCCAUCUCAUGCGCGAGUCCAACAACGUCCUCACCGAAUCCAUGACCUCGUCCAUGCACCUGCAGCGCUCAUCAACCUCGUCGAGCCGGCAGUUGACCAACGUGCCGGGCAUGGUCAAUCCAGCUUCGAUGUCCAUCUCCUCUUCCCCUGGCAAACCGCUCUCGCCCCACACCCCGCACACGCCCGCCAUACCCUCUCGCCUCAGCGAGAACUCCAUCAUCGAUUACCAAGCACAGGACCAAGGCGCCGCCGCCCGCGGCCAAGGCAGAAGCAACAACAUGGCGCCCAGCGGCGAGGAAGAAGAGCCGGUCGAAGAAGAAGACGAUGGCGAGACGCCGAUGACAACCCAACAAGACGGCGCCGGCCGAACCGCAGCGGCAGGUGCCGCAACCACCACGUCCACAGGCACAACCGCCAUCGAUAUCCCGCUGUCCCCGCGCCUCCUGCACAACCAACAUCGCCAUCACCACCACCAGACCCACCACGACGGCAGCGGCGCCAACCGCCGCGCAAGCUCGGUCGCGCACCCGCAGCACCGACACCGCUCCAUCGCGGGCGACGCCGACGCCUACCAGCGCAGCGCCAGCGUCGAGGACGCGUCGGGAAGCGGCACCCGCGAGGUGCCCUCCCUCAGCACGCUUCUCGCGUACCAGCGCCAUCAACACCAAGAGCAGCAGCAGCGACAGCGCGCCGGGAGCGUCGCUGACGCCGCCGCCGCCACCGAGGCAGCCGCGGCCGGGCUACAGAGCACCGAGUCGGCCUCGGCGCCGUCGGUCGAUGCCGUCGAGGGCCCGACAACCACUGGCGGCGGCGGCGCUGCUGCUGCUGCUGUUGCGGCUGCUGGCGGUGGUAGUGGUGAAGGGAGCAGUGGCAGCGGCCCGCCCCCCAGACCCGGGUCGGGCGGCAGCUUCAGGGGCGUGCGGUACCCCGUGCGCGGGGGCGGCCGGGUGGGCUCGUUCUCUUCGACGGCUACCGGCGGCGGCGGCGGCGGUGGCGGCGGCGUCGGGGGGGUGUCGCUGGGCGGCAGGUAUGCGGGCAGCGUCGAGGGCGCGGAUGAGGAGCCGCUUUUGUUUCCGAUGAGCGAGUUUGAGAGGGAGUUGAGGCGGAGUUUGGAGGAGGAGCGGCGGGGCGGGAGUGGGACCGGGAGCGGGAGCGGGAGUGGGAGCAGGAGCAGGAGCAGGAGUGUCAGUGUCGGUGUCGGUGUUGGUGAGGCUGCGCGGCGUGUGGGCGGGGUUGCGCGUGGUGGUGGCGUUGAGGAUGGGGAUGAUGAUCGCUUUGAGCCGAGGGGGAUCCAGAGGAAGGGGUGGUGAUUUUAUUCUUUACUUUUUUCCCUUUUUUUCCCUUGCUCCUUGCUCAUCCCCUUCCUUCAUCUCUUGCUUCCUUUUUUCCCGCUGUGCCUACCUACCUACCUAGGUAUGUACCUACCGGCAUACUCUAUCUUGGGCUUGGGCAU